GUGACGGGUAGGUACUCGAGGUAAGUCCGUCCGUGAUGAAAAGAGUUUGAAUUGCAGGCCCACGAAGAAGAUCUGAUCCAAGAGAGGCACCGCGUUUGACGUCUUGUUGACGAUUCACUAGCCGGAUACCGCGGCCGUGGAUAUGGACUAUUUCCACGAUGGUAGUCAGGCACAACUGACCAGGUCGAAAGGCCGAGGAGACAAGUGAACAGUUGUGGUUCGAUCUGUGGCAAAAGCCGGGAGACGGUCGAAAGGCGAGAGGCCCGCGCCUUUUCACAAGCGAGAUUGAUAAAAGCGCAUCAUUCCUGGGCCUGGGAACCUGGCGCGGCGACGCCUGCGUAAGGAUACCAACCUUAGUAGGUACCUCAAGUACGGAUAUUUGCAAGAGAUCUACUGCUGCGUGCUCCGUAGAGGGAGAAAAAAUUGCCCCGUUGUCGCCGCUAAUCAGACUCAACUGGGUAUCCGUACAGUCCACAGACCAAAGGUACCCAGAUAAACUCCGUUUGUACCUACUAUCAGGCGCAUUGAAGCACCGCAUGCACCGGGCGCGCAAGUCACUCCAGUCAGCGAAUACUUGCAACAUUUUGGGCGCAUUGCGAACAAGGGCCAAUGCUAGUCCAAGCUAGUGAAACCUCGAACCAACUCGCCACCAGUCUCCCGACAUCCUCUCACUCACUACCAAACUACCUACUACGCAUACUACUAAUUACAGCUCGCCCUGCUGCUGCUGCUCCUCUGCUCCGUCUCAGCCCUGUGCUUCGCUCUCUGCUUUGACAUCCUCCACCCUACCACCAUCCACCCACCUACCUGGCACAGGCAACCCCCGAGGAUUGGCAUCUCAUAUAUCCAACUUCCGUCCGCUCCUUACAAACCGCCUCACCCGCCACACGAACCCGUCACUCCCUACUUUCUCCUUUCAAUCUGCGUUCCUCCGAUUCUUCGCCUUGAGACGCACGCGAGCAUACAAUUCAAUCCUUCUCUGACCGACGCAAUCGCUAAUCCCACCACAUCCGAACCGACCGAGCAAACGAGAGAAACCGCCGAACCCGAAAACCCGCCAUGGUAAACGAGACCAUCCCACCCACGAUGGCGGCAAACUUCACGUCGACCGUCGGCGACCUCCCGCCUCUGCCGGAAUACACCCUCAAGCCCUAUGCCGACCUCAUUCCCGGCUUGCCCGACGUCUACCUGCGUAUCUUCCUGCCCAUCGUCGUCUACUGGAUCCUUUCCCUCUUCUUCCACGUCAUUGACGUCUACGAUGUCUGGCCGCAGUACCGCCUGCACACCCCCGAAGAGAUCACCAAGCGCAACCACGUUUCCCGCUACGAGGUCGCCCGCGACGUCCUCCUCCAGCAGCUCAUCCAGGUCGGCAUGUCCGUCUUCCUCGAGUACAUUGACGAGGAGCAAUUCACCGGCAAGGAGAACUAUGACGUCGCCGUCUGGGCCACCCGCGUCCGCGUCGCCCAGCGCGCGCUGCCCACCAUCCUCGGCCUGCUCGGCCUCAACGCCGCUUCCCUCGCAAAGAACAUGUCCGCCACGCACCCCUUCAUCGCCGGUGCGCUCGCCGGCGGUCACUACCCCUUCCUCACCACCGAGCUCGACGGAUCGCACGCCGUUGUCCCCGUCUUCGCCGCCUGGGAACUACUCGUCGCAAAGGCAAUCUACUGGCUCGUCAUUCCUGGAUUCCAGCUCUUCGCCGCCAUCUCUAUCCUGGACACAUGGCAGUACUUCCUCCACCGUCUCAUGCACGUAAACAAGUGGAUGUACACGACAUUCCACUCGAGACAUCACCGUCUCUACGUCCCCUACGCCUACGGAGCCCUCUACAACCACCCGUUCGAGGGCUUCCUCCUCGACACCCUCGGCGCGGGCAUCGGCUUCCUCCUCACCGGCAUGAGCGCGAGGCAGGGACUGCUGUUCUUCUGCCUGUCCACCGUCAAGACCGUCGACGACCACUGCGGCUACGCGUUGCCCUGGGAUCCCCUCCAGCACAUCACGAGCAACAACGCCGCCUACCACGACAUCCACCACCAGACGUGGGGCAUCAAGACCAACUUCUCUCAGCCCUUCUUCAUCUUCUGGGACCGCGCCCUCGACACGCGGUACAAGGGCGACAGGCAAAACCGGUUGCUGGCGUCAAAGGGCAAGGGAGCCGCGGUGGCGGCUAAGUCCGAAUGAAAGGGUCCCUCGGCGAUAUGAAAUCACAACAAAAACAAAACACAUAUAAUACAACUUGCUCCUCUUUUUUUCCGAUUCUGUAAAACAAAACCCAGACCUGCCCCGAUACCACACAGCCACAAAAGAAAAAAGAAGAAAAAAGUCGAGACCGGUUUCUGGAUUCGCACAUACAAUACUCGUGGGGAGGAAAAGCCCGGUUCUUUGCAAAGCAGUAACACAACAAACCACCACUUUAUACACUUAACUACAAUUAGGGAAUGCAUUGGGAAUGAGGCGUUUUCUUUUCAAAUCAUGUCGAAACAAUGGCACACGUUCGAUUAAAGGGUUGAGGAGCAGGUCGUCUUUUUUCCCCCCCUGUUUCCUGUUUCAAGUAUUGUGACCAACGAAGAGAAAGACUGGCCUGGGAAUUUGUAUUUUUUUUUUUUUGUUCUUCUCAGCUGUACACACACUCGCAAGCAUGCGAUGUUUACCGUUUACACCCCCUUUUUUUGUUAUGGCUCUUGGGGCUUUCAAGGCUUGUGUCCGCCCACCGAUAUCCUUUGAGAACUGGGAGGGAAAUUGUAAGGGCAACGAAGGAUUGGAGGCGCUGGUGAGGGUGAGGGAUGAGGGAUGAGGGAAGUGGAGGGGGGAACAAAACACACAAAGAUAACCCGGUU